AUGAAUGUCCUCCAAUGUGUCCCUUGCGCCAUCCAUCAGGACAUACAGAAAUCAUUGCAGAGGAAACACCAAUCUCAGGGAGUGUGUAGGAACCACUGGGAGACUGUGAGGGGGUUAGUCCAGCUUGGGAAGGGUAAAGCCCAAACAUCUCUUAUCAUUCCUUUUCUAAUGGAUUGGCUCUCUCCGCCUCAGAUAUCUUUAAAGCCAGGCAAUUCCAUCUUCCUUGUCUUGAUAUCUCUAAUCUUGAUAUCCUUGGUAUCACUAAUAUGUGUUUACUUCACUUAUAGGCAAACCCUUGAGAGGAUUUGAGCCAGUCUACCCGGAAAACCUUUGCAUCGACCUGAAGACAUUUUGCAAUGCCUUUCCCUUCUAUAUAGUGUUCGAUGAGGAGGUACAAAAAUAAUAUCUCCCAGAUUCCCUAUUGGUAUUGAGUACAUACACUGUAAAAAUAUAAAAAAAUUAAUGCAUUGACUGGUUACAAGUACAUUUGUUAGGUUUUCUCAAUUGAAAAAAAAAAUUGCCAAAUAUAUCACUCAAUGUUAUAUUGUAUUAUGAACAAACCCUUAUUUCAAGUUGUAACUAAUUUAUAUCAACACUUAACUUACUUUUCCCCUUUGGUUAAACCUAAUAAAUAACAUAAAUACAAACUAAUAUAUAUAGGCAACUACAACCCAUUUUUUCAUGUUGUAUCAAGUUGAUUUUUCACUUUGGAGUUACCUAUCUGUCACGCCCUGGCUCUGGAGACUCUUAAAUGUUGAGCCAGGGUGUGGACUUGUUAUGUUUAGUUUUCAUUGGGUCUGUUCUAGAUCGUUCAUAUCUAUGUUGGCCAGGGUGGUUCCCAAUCAGAGACAGCUGUAGCUCGUUGUCUCUGAUUGGGAACCAUACUUAGGCAGCCUUUUGGCACUUUAGUAUUGUGGGAUCUUGUUCUGUAUAGGUUUGUGUUGGUGAACCUUUAGACUUCACGUAUCGUUUUGUUGUUGGUGUCAAGUACUCAUUAAAAGAUGUACGCCUAUCACGCUGCGCCUUGGUCUGCCUCUUACAACGAUCGUGACAGAAGAUCCCACCAAGAUAGGACCAAGCAGCGUGUGCAGGAGCAAACGCCGGGUAUGGAACAGGAGGUUACUCUGGUAGAUGUCCUCCUCGGUUGGGGGAGAAUCACAGAGGAGGAGGCCAUCCGCUACCGGAGGGCGAUGAGGGAGGAUGCCCAGGCAGGAGAGGAGAAGCGGCGCCAACCGGGUCGUCGUCGGACAGGCGAGAGGCAACCCCAAUAAAUGUUUUUGGGGGGGCACACGGCAUGGACGACGGGGCUGCUGGAGGCAGCUACAGGGCGAGUUUGCGGACUAGGAGAGGAGGCCACCAGGUUAUGGGGGCCAUUGGUCAUGAGGGGGAAGGAGAGUGUAGAGGCACGGCGAGAGGUACUGGGGUGUGUUACCAGUCCGGUCCGGCCCAUUCCUGAUCCCCGCACAAGGCCAGUGGUGUGUGUUCCCAGUACGGUUCGGCCUGUUCCUGUCCCUCGCACCAAGCCUGUGGUGCGCGUCGCCAGCCCGGUCCGGCCUGUUCCUGCUCCCCGCACCAAGCCUGUGGUGCGCGUCGCCAGCCCGGUCUGGCAUGUUCCUGCUCCCCGCACCAAGCCUGUGGUGCGCGUCGCCAGCCCGGUCCGGCCUGUUCCUGCCCCUCGCACCAAGCCUGUGGUGCGCGUCGCCAGCCCGGUCCGGCCUGUUCCUGCUCCCCGCACCAAGCCUGUGGUGCGCGUCGCCAGCCCGGUCCGGCCUGUUCCUGCUCCCCGCACCAAGCCAGUGGUACGCGUCGUCAGCCCGGUCCGGCCCGUUCCUGCUCCCCGCACCAAGCCAGUGGUGCGCGUCGUGAGUCCGGCACGGCCCGUGCCUGUUCCACCGGUGCCUGGUCCGGCACCGGUCAGCUGCUCAACUCCGGAGCAAGAGCAAUCCGCUCCACCGGGGUCCAGUCCAGCUCCGGCCAGCGGGGCCAGACCAGACCAGGGGCGCUACGGGGGGGUAGCGAGAGAGUGGUGGUCACGCCUCCGAGGCGGAAUGCCCACCCGGCCCCUCCCCUGUUGUGUUUGGAAUGGCGCGGUCGCAGUCCGCGCCUUUGGGGGGGGGGGGGGGGGGGGGGGGGGGUACUGUCACGCCCUGGCUUUGGGGACUCUUAAAUGUUGAGCCAGGGUGUGGACUUGUUAUGUUUAGUUUUCAUUGGGUCUGUUCUAGAUCGUUCAUAUCUAUGUUGGCCAGGGUGGUUCCCAAUCAGAGACAGCUGUAGCUCGUUGUCUCUGAUUGGGGACCAUACUUAGGCAGCCUUUUGGCACUUUAGUAUUGUGGGAUCUUGUUCUGUAUAGGUUUGUGUUGGUGAACCUUUAGACUUCACGUAUCGUUUUGUUGUUUUGUUGUUGGUGUCAAGUACUCAUUAAAAGAUGUACGCCUAUCACGCUGCGCCUUGGUCUGCCUCUUACAACGAUCGUGACACUAUCAAAAUGUCUUAAAUUGGGUUACAAGCAAUUACUGUAAAUCAGUUUCCAGUUAAUCAAGAUAUUAAGUUGGUUCCAUAACAUGAAAUCAUGUCUCCAAACAUUUUCUUUACAUAAGAAUUGUACAUUAACUGGUUACCAAUAUUGUAACCAAAUGGUGACCAUCUCAUCAAUUGAAACCUUUUUUUAUUUAUUUUAUUUUUAUUUCACCUUUAUUUAACCAUGUAAGCCAGUUGAGAACAAGUUCUCAUUUACAACUGUGACCUGGCCAAGAUAAAGCAAAGCAGUGCGAUAAAAACAACAACAACACAGAGUUACAUAUGGGAUAAACAAAACGUACAGUCAAAAACACAAUAGAAAAUCUAUAUACAGUGUGUGCAAAUGUAGUAAGUUAUGGAGGUAAGGCAAUAAACAGGCCAUAGUGCAAAAUAAUUACAAUUUAGUAUUAACACUGGAGUGAUAGAUGUGCAGAAGAUGAUGUGCAAAUAGAGAUACUGGGGUGCAAAUGAGCAAAAUAAAUAACAAUAUGGGGAUGAGGUAGUUGGGUGGGCUAAUUACAGAUGGGCUGUGUACAGGUGCAGUGAUCGGUAAGCUGCUCUGACAACUGAUGCUUAAAGUUAGUGAGGGAGAUAAGAGUCUCCAGCUUCAGAGAUUUUUGCAGUUCGUUCCAGUCGUUGUCAGCAGAGAACUGGAAGGAAUGGCGGCCAAAGGAGGUGUUGGCUUUGGGGAUGACCAGUGAGAUAUACCUGCUGGAGUGCAUACUAUGGGUGGGUGUUGCUAUGGUGACCAAUGAGCUAAGAUAAGGCGGGGAUUUGCCUAGCAGUGAUUUAUAGAUGACCUGGAGCCAGUGGGUUUGGCGACGAAUAUGUAGUGAGGGCCAGCCAACGAGAGCGUACAGGUCACAAUGGUGGGUAGUAUAUGGGGCUUUGGUGACAAAACGGAUGGCACUGUGAUAGACUACAUCCAAUUUGCUGAGUAGAGUGUUGGAGGCUAUUUUGUAAAUGACAUCGCCGAAGUCAAGGAUCGGUAGGAUAGUCAGUUUUACGAGGGCAUGUUUGGCAGCAUGAGUGAAGGAGGCUUUGUUGCGAAAUAGGAAGCCGAUUCUAGAUUAAACUUUGGAUUGGAGAUGCUUAAUGUGAGUCUGGAAGGAGAGUUUACGGUCUAACCAGACACCUAGGUAUUUGUAGUUGUCCACAUAUUCUAAGUCAGACCCGCAGAGAGUAGUGAUUCUUGUCAGGCGGGCGGGUGCAAGCAGCGUUCGAUUGAAGAGCAUGCAUUUAGUUUGACUAGCGUUUAAGAGCAGUUGGAGGCUACGGAAGGAGUGUUGUAUGGCAUUGAAGCUCGUUUGGAGGUUUGUUAACACAGUGUCCAAUGAAGGGCCAGAUUUAUACAAAAUGGUGUCGUCUGCGUAGAGGUGGAUCUGUUUGUUAACUUGGCUUUCAAAUACUUUUGAAAGGCAGGGCAGGAUGGAUAUAGGUCUGUAACAGUUUGAAUCUAGAGUGUCACCCCCUUUGAAGAGGGGGAUGACCGCGGCAGCUUUCCAAUCUCUGGGGAUCUCAGAUGAUACGAAAGAGAGGUUGAACAGGCUAGUAAUAGGGGUUGCGACAAUUUUGGCGGCUAAUUUUAGAAAGAAAGGGUCCAGAUUGUCAAGCCCAGCUGAUUUGUAGGGGUCCAGAUUUUGCAGCUCUUUCAGAACAUCAGCUGUCUGAAUUUGGGUGAAGGAGAAGCGGGGGUGGGGGGGGGGGGGGGCAUGGGCAAGUUGCAGCGGAGGGUGCAGAGCUGGUGGCCGGGGUAGGGGUAGCCAGGUGGAAAGCAUGGCCAGCCGUAGCAAAAUGUUUGUUGAAAUUCUCAAUUAUCGUAGAUUUAUCGGUGGUGACAGUGUUUCCUAGCCUCAGUGUAGUGGGCAGCUGGGAGGAGGUGCUCUUAUCCUCCAUGGACUUUACAGUGUCCCAAAACUUUUUGGAGUUAGUGCUACAGGAUUUCUGUUUGAAAAAGCUAGCCUUUGCUUUUCCUAACUGAUUGUGUAUCUUGGUUCCUGACUUCCCUGAAAAGUUGCAUAUCGCGGGGGCUGUUUGGUGCUAAUGCAGUACGCCACAGGCUGUCCAGGCUCUUUAGAAUCACAGUACUUAAAUUUUUCUACUUCAUAUUCAUCAUCUCCAGCACCACCCCAACAUAUGUGAAAAUGGCACGUUUCUAUGUUUUGUAGUAAAAAAAGAUAAAGGAAGAUAAGUGUUUCCAAUGACAUCAUCGGUGUGUAUGAUGUGAUUUUAACCAAUCAUGAGUAGGCAUUAAUUGCCUACUUAUUGUCUACUAAUUUGUUGAUGUCAUUGGAAACACUUACCUUACUCUAUCUUUUUUACUAUAAAACAUAGAAAUGCGAUGUUUCCACAUAUGUUGGGGUGGUGCUGGAGAUGAUGAAUAUGAAGUUGAAAAAUGUACGAUUCAGUGCUGGCAGUGACCAUAUAAACAUUAAGAAAACAGAACACAUUACCUGGAAUUACAUUCACUCUCACGGGUGGCCAAAAAUAACAAACUGAAAGCCACGCCCCCAGUAGGCUAUGCCUCCAACUCUUCUGAUAGGCUGUCGCCACUAUAUUGCACCCACCACUAUGCAAUGCAAAUGCGCAUGUGGUGUUGAAAGCAAUUUAGAAGCUUUCCUUGAAUUAAAAAAAUCACAUUGAUCUGUCAAAUUCUUUAUUUGAUUUCAUACAAAUUGAAUAGAAUAGGUUGAACGAACCAAAGCGUAAUUUUGGAUCAUACCAAUCAGAAAAAGCACUUCAGAUGAACAACAGCACCGUCCCACUUUUUACAGUGUGGUUUAGUAAUGCCAGAUAAGCACUGGGAUGGUUUCCCGGACACAGAUUAGGUCUAGUCAUGGACUAAAAAGCAUUCUCAAUGGAGAAUCUCAAUUAGAAGUGCUUCUUAGUUCAGGACUAGGCUUAAUCUGUGUCCGGACACUGGCCCUUUGUGUAGAUAUGGUGAAUUGUAAUCUUAAUACAUGGAGUGAGGCUGCUGAAGUGCACUACUUUUGACCAGAGCCCUAUUGACCCUCGUUAAAAGUAGUGCACUAUAUAGGGAACAGGGUGCCAUUUGGGACACAACCUGAAUCUCUGCUCUCUGGUCCAACCCCUGCAGCUGAUGGUGAGACAGGCGGGGGUGAACGUCCAGAAGAUCCUCCCCGGGCUGCAGAUCCAUGAGCAUUCACCUGGACCAGUACCUUAGUAUCGUCCACCCCGAGGUCACCUUCACCAUCUCCAGCAUCAGGAAGUUCAUCAACAGCCACUUUGUCCUGCAUACGCGACGGGACAUGAUGCCCGAGGCCUGGAGGGACAGACCCAUGCUGGAGCUCAGAGGUGGAAUGAAUGAAUGAACAUAUUAAUUAAUGAAUGAACAGAUGAAGGAAUGAAAGAAUGGAUGGAUGGAUUAACGGAUGACUGAAUGGAUGAAUAAAGGAAGAAAGUCAGGAAGUAAGUAAGGAAUGAGGAAGUAAAGGAAGGAAGAAAUAAAUGAAUGGUUAAUUAUUAUUGUGUCAUGCCACUUAUGCUACCUAUCACCAUAAACAUUUGACAGAAACACACACAUCCCCCCUCCCCUCCAUUUAAUUUCCCCCAUUCACUCUCCUUAUUUCCACCCCUUACUCCCCUGUUCCCAGGUCAGAUGUUGUGGAUAGAAUCUCUGCAGUGCAUGCUGUACCAGGCCUCCCCUUUGCUGUGGAGCCUCCACGAACUGGAGGAGCAGAGCAUGCACAUCUCUAACGUUGCCCCUCAGGACGUCACGCGGGACCUCAUCCUGCUCAACCAGCAGCGGCUGGCCCAGAUGGAGCUCUCCAACCAGCUGGAGAGGAAGAAGGAGGAGCUCCGACACCUGUCCCAGCAUCUGGAGGAGGAGAGGACCAAGACGGAGAACCUGCUGUAA